CCACAGUAACGAGCACCGGAUAAUAUUUAUUGCACUUUUCUUUCUAAUCUUUCCUCCCAAACCCUAACCCUAGCUAUAUUACCCAACCCCCGGUUCAAAACGGGUGGUUUGGGGCCCUUGACACUUGUACUCCCUUACCUCUUCGCCCUUUCGCUUUUAUCAUUCCGUCAUUCCAAUCCCCACCCUCUCUCUCUCUAAUUUUUAUCCCCCUCUUAUUAUCUCCAACAUCACUCCUGUUCACCUGCCCACCUCUUCUUUUUUUUUUUCUAGCCCUCUCUCCCUCCACUGCUCUUCUCUCUAUGGUUCAAUCUAACUCAAAACCCUUAACCUAAGAGCGCUUCCCCUGGCCCUCUAAAGAAUGGACCCCGCCACAAAAAUCUUAGACCCGGACGCCAAGUCCAAGCCCUUCUCCUUCCCCAACGGCUCUCUGAAGCGCCACCACCGCGGGCUGUCGUCGCUGGCGGAGGCCGCCGACGCGGCGGACUUUCUGUACCGGGAAUGCCUCAAGAACCACGCCGCCAGCCUCGGCGGCCACGCCCUCGACGGUUGCGGGGAGUUCAUGCCCUCGCAGGCCGCUAACCCGGCCGACCCCACCUCCCUCAAGUGCGCCGCCUGUGGCUGCCACCGCAACUUCCACCGCCGCCUGCCGGAGCCCCUCCUCCUCCACCACCACUUCGACGACGGCGCCGGCCGCCAGGAGGGCGAGGACGACAUGGCCGGCAGCCGCGAUGAGGACAACGACGGCCGGGAUGAUGAGGAGAACGGCAACGCGGAUUACCAUCGGCGCCGCCGGAGCUCCGCCUCUCCCCCGCCUUACUUCUCCCCCGCCCCCCACAUGCUGCUCGCCCUCAGCUCCGGGCUCCCUGGGGCGCCCUCUCCGGGGAGGCCAGCGGCGGCGCCGCAGGCGGCGGCGGUGUUGCCAAGGAAGAGGUUCCGGACAAAGUUCAGCCCGGAGCAGAAGAAGCGGAUGCACGAGCUCUCGGAGAGAUUGGGGUGGAGGAUGCAGAAGAGGGACGAAGGCUUGGUGGAGGAACGGUGCAAGGAGAUUGGUGUCGGAAAGGGUGUGUUCAAGGUGUGGAUGCACAACAACAAGCACACCUUCUUGGGUUCAGCAAGGAGAGGACAGGCGGAAAUUAGGAAUGGAAGCGGCGGCGGCGGCGGCGAUGGCGGUGGCGGUGGUGGAGAUAGUGGUGGGAUUGAGGCGGCCGGCAAUGGCAGCGCUGGCAGCGGCGGCGCUGGCAACGACCAAGUGGUGAAUGGUUCUCCUCCUCCUUCCCCUUGAGAGAGUCGAGGAGAAUUAUUUUGUUGUUGUUAGUUGUCUCAGUUGGUGUUGAUGGUUAAUCUGGUGUUUUUGGUCUUAAAACUCCUGAUCCUGAUGGAGAUGAAUGCACCCACUAGAUUUAAGCUGCUGCUUUUUUAACAAUGGAAACUGGAAGGGAACUUCCUAGGAGGAGACUUAAAAAAAUAUUCUUGGUUUUUGGCA